AUGCACAUGAACAAGAGGAUCGGUCGGCUCAAGCAAUGGGCCGGCGAACGCAUGGGCGGAGAGGCCAAAACAUGCCAAUCCGACAAUUUCAAGGCCAUGGAGACCGAGAUGGGCGUGCGACAUGAAGGCGUUGACCGCAUUCACAAGUCCAUGACCUCCUACGUCAAGGCAAUCUCCAAGCGCAAUGAGGGGGAUGAUAAGGAGAAGACACUGCCAAUCGCCCACUUGGGAAGCAGCAUGGUCACCCACGGCGAGGACUUCGACGUCAACUCCGAAUAUGGCCAGUGCCUCAUCAUGUUUGGGCGCACGGAAGAGCGUAUCGCGCGCAUCCAAGAGAACUAUAUCACUCAGGCAACUUCGAGCUGGCUCGAAUCCCUGGAGAGAUCUUUGACCCAAAUGAAAGACUACCAGCAAGCUCGCAAGAAGCUUGACAGUCGACGACUCGCAUACGAUACAUCACUCUCGAAGAUGGAAAAAGCUAAGAAGGAAGACUUCCGCGUCGAGGAGGAGCUGCGCUCCCAGAAAGUCAAGUACGAGGAAGCAAGCGACGAUGUCCUCCGUCGCAUGCAAGAUGUCAAAGACGCCGAAACCGACAAUGUGAUGGAUAUGGGGGCAUUUUUGGACGCCCAGCUGGAGUACCACGAGCGAUCUCGUGAGGCGCUCCUACAGCUGAAGAGCGAGUGGGCCGGCCAAGGGCAAGCCCCUAGUCGUCGCCCUAUCCGCGCUCGUUCCAACACCGCCCACUCCUACCUGGACCGACAUGACCCGCUGCAGGAAGAGUUGAUGAACGCCGCGGAAGUGCGUCCGCCGCUGCGAUCCAACAAGACUCUUGCGACCCCUUACGCCGAGUCUCCUCCUCGGGAGACCUACUCCCGCCCGGCCCUGAGCCGCGUUCCAACCUUCGAGAGCCCUGCUCAACUCCGACAGGAGCAAAGCCCAGCGCCCUCGCAGUGGGUCCAGCAGCGCACCGCUAGCGAGAACCUGGGGGGCUUCGCCCGUCGCAGCAGUACCCAAGUUGGCAACGGCCGAGUCACUGACCCAUAUGCCGACUCCGAAGAAGUUAGCUCGUAUGGUCGAUCUAGCCCCGAGCGGAUGUUCUCCGGGGGCAGGUCCAUCUCCCCAGCCACAUCUCAUGGUAGCGUGGCCUCACGGCAACCCAGUGCAUCGAAUUUGAACUCUCUCGGUAUGAAGAAGGCACCUCCACCACCUCCACCCUCGCGUGCGAAGAAGCCUCCUCCACCACCUCCUCCCAUGAAGCGGACUUUGCUGGCCGCUCCCAAUGCAUGA